UGUUUUCUUCACCUGGUCUGUCAUGAUUUUUCUAGUUUAUGUUCUAGACUGAAUGUUUUAUGUAAGCGUGUUUUGCUUUUUCUGAUAUAUUCUGAUCUGAUAUAAUCUGAUGAAGUAUGAUUUUUCAGAUCUAAUUUAACAAGCAAUAAGAAUAACGCAAAGAGAACAAAACCUUACCUAUCAUAUAAUAGUACGUGUAUUGGUAUUUGGUAGCAAUUGGAAAUUGUAUUCCUCCUAAAACCACUCCCCAAUAUCUCCUCCAAUCCCCAAUCCCCACAAAGAGAGUUUUGAGGGUGUUUUUAAAAUUGGGAAGAGUUGUUCAUUUUGGCAAUUUGUUCUUCAAAUAAAAUAAAGAACUUAAAUAUAGAAAGUGAUUGAAUUUCUACUCCAUUAUUACACCAAUUUCAAACCCAAAAACAAACAAAAGAAGGAAAGUCCCAACUCCAAAAGGCGUGUAUUAAACUCGAUGAUUUGCCGACUUCAUUCAAAUUUCAAGUCUAUUAAUCUUCGUCUUCUUCCUCGCUAAAUUACUCACCUUCUUCAAUAAUUCUCCUGCUUUUCUAUGACUGUAGUGAGCUGGUUGAGUGAAUCUUGUGGGUGUAAGGUGCAUUGUGUAGGAUUGAUGAGCGAUGCAGAGAUCACGUAGAGCUCUUCUGCAACGAAGAGAUUUACAGAAAGCUUUUGGUAGAAAUCAUUUGUAUAAAUAUUCGCUUUCUUUAGUUAUCGUUCUUUGGGGCCUCGUCUUUCUUUUGAAUUCGUGGAUUAGUCAUGGUGAUGGACAUCAAGAUGAAUCUGUAGCAGCAGCUCAAAAUGUCUCAAGCUGGGAUGAAAACAAUUCAGGAACCAUUCCAGCCUCUGGUUCUGUACAUAAACAUUCAUUAGAACAAACUAAGCAAUUGAAAGAUACCUGUUCCGAACAUUCUUACGAGGCUUCCUGCACUGAUGGUGCCAUGGUUGAAGAAACCGUGGCCGAGCCACAAUCUGGGGAGUAUAUUAGAAUUGAUAUCAAACACGGUGUUACGAAAUCCACGGAACAUGCUGAGGUGGAGACCGCCAGCUCAGAUUUGGAACAUAAAAAAGGCACCGGAAAACCGGAGAGGCUAACCCGUACUGUGCCUCGUGGUCUAGAUGAAUUCAAAAAGAAGGCCCUUAAUUCCAAAAAUACAUAUGUACCUGGUGCAACCGGUAGUAUAGUUCAUAGAAUGGAGCCGGGGGGUGGUGAAUACAAUUAUGCUUCAGCUGCAAAGGGGGCUAAGGUUUUGGAUUCUAAUAAGGAAUCAAAAGGUGCGUCUAAUAUUUUAAACAAGGAUAAAGACAAGUAUCUUAGAAACCCGUGUUCAGCCGAGGGGAAAUUUGUUGUCAUUGAACUCUCUGAAGAAACUCUAGUUGAUACAGUUAAAAUCGCCAAUUUUGAGCAUUAUUCUUCAAAUCCGAAAGAUUUUGAGCUUUUCGGAAGUCUAGUUUAUCCUACACAAACAUGGGAAAAGUUGGGUAAAUUUUCUGCUGGUAAUGUGAAGCAUGCUCAAAGCUUUACUGUUCUAGAACCCAAAUGGGUAAGAUACCUGAAGUUGAAUAUAUUGAGCCAUUACGGGUCUGAGUUUUAUUGUACACUAAGUAGUGUUGAAGUUUAUGGUAUUGAUGCUGUUGAGAGAAUGUUGGAGGAUCUAAUCUCUGUUCCUGAUCAUAAUCAUCAUUAUGCAAAAGGGGAACCGACAGUUGAAGGGGAACAAAUGGAAACUGUUGCAGAAUCUGUUGAGAGCAAAACCCUAGAUCAGAAUCCGUCCAGUGAGAGCGAGACAGCUGGCGGUAAAAACCUGAAACAUGAUGAAAUGAUUAGUGUAGUUCCUGAUCCAGUGGAAGAAGUGCAUCUCCAACAGGGUAGCAGGAUGCCUGGUGAUACUGUUCUUAAGAUACUUAUGCAAAAAGUUCGAGCACUGGAUAUUAGUUUAUCUGUUUUAGAGCGGUAUUUGGAGGAGGUUAACUCUAGAUAUGCAAGCAUUUUUAAGGAAUUUGAUAAGGAGAUGGAAGAGAAAGAACUGUUAUUGGAGAAGACAAGAUCAGAUAUAAAGGAUAUUGUUGAUAGCAGGGAUGUUAUUGCUAAGGAUGUUGAUGACCUUGUGGCUUGGAGAUCCUUAGUGUCUAUGCAAUUAGACUGCUUAUUAAAGGACAAUGCAAUGCUCAGGUCAGAUGUCAGAAAAGUUCAGGAAAAACAGUUUUACAUGGAGAGCAAGGGAAUUGUGGUAUUUCUCAUAAGCGUAAUUUUUGGUAUUUUGGCUCUUGUUAUGUUGUUCUCAGAUAUAGUAAAUAGUGUUUAUAGAUCAGAAAAACCCAGGAAAUUUUGUUCGAUGAAGUCUUCCUGGUUUUUCUUAUUUUUGAGCUGUAGUUUUACAAUUGUCAUCCUUUCUCUAUAAACAGCUAGCGGCGUGUGUGUAUGUUCUUAAUAGUCUUUAUAGAGUUAAUAUUUAUACAUAUAUGUGAAUGAAUCCGUUAUUCCAGAACGCUUUCUUA